AGCAAUUCCCGGCGCCCGGGCUGGCCUCUCCGCCUAUGCGGGGGGCCCGGGGCGGGAUUUCCGCCGCGCUCCGGCUCCGCCUCUCUCAGCUGACGGGACAAACCCAUUUGUCAUGGAGUCGCUGUAGGCUGGUCCCGGCCCUUGGCCCCCAGCCUGCAGCGAGCUCAGGGUAAGCAGAAGAGAGAAGAACGAGUGAGCAGAAUAAAAUGCUGACAAAGCAUCACCGAUUACGGCUACAGCCCGGGCUGGGGUUUCACUUCCGUAUUUCUUGUGCAUGGUUUUUCUCCAGAGCUGUCUGGCCGGGGAUGCUGACCAUAUUUAUGAUCCUUAUUCGAAUGAGCAGGGAUCGACAAUGAAUGAGGCACAGAAUUUUGAGAAUUGAAGAGAUAUUCUUUUGUGUUUGAGGCACUGUUCUGAGACCCAUGAGAACUGGGCUCUGUUCGUUGCUCUGCCACGGAUUUGCUACAUGAUGUUAGAUAUUUAAUUUAAAAUGCUGUUGUCAAUAGGAAUGUUAAUGUUGUCUGCCACUCAGAUCUACACCAUUCUGACAGUUCAGCUGUUUGCUUUCCUAAACCUUUUGCCUGUGGAGGCAGACAUUUUAGCGUACAACUUUGAAAAUGUAACUCAGACAUUUGAUGAUCUACCAGCAAGGUUUGGCUACAGACUGCCAACUGAAGGCUUGAAGGGCUUCCUAAUAAAUUCAAAACCAGAGAAUGCAUGUGAGCCCAUAGCACCUCCACCACUGAAAGACAACUUCUCUCGUGCUUUCAUUGUGUUAAUCAGAAGACUUGACUGCAACUUCGAUGUUAAGGUUUUAAAUGCACAGAGAGCUGGAUACAAGGCAGCUAUAGUUCACAAUGUUGAUUCUGAUGACCUAAUUAGCAUGGGAUCCAACGACAUUGAAGUUUUAAAGAAAAUUGAUAUUCCAUCUGUCUUUAUUGGUGAGACAUCAGCUAAUUCACUGAAAUAUGAAUUCACUUAUGAAAAGGGUGGCCAUAUUAUGUUAAUCCCAGAGUUCAGUCUUCCUUUGGAGUACUACUUAAUUCCAUUCCUAAUUAUAGUGGGAAUCUGCCUUAUACUCAUUGUCAUAUUUAUGAUCACAAAAUUUGUGCAAGAUAGACAUAGAGCAAGAAGGAAUCGGCUUCGAAAAGAUCAGCUUAAGAAGCUUCCUAUACAUAAAUUUAAGAAAGGAGAUGAGUAUGAUAUAUGUGCCAUUUGUCUGGAUGAAUACGAGGAUGGAGACAAGCUCAGAAUCCUUCCAUGCUCUCAUGCAUAUCAUUGCAAGUGUGUGGACCCAUGGCUGACUAAAACCAAGAAAACAUGCCCUGUGUGUAAGCAGAAAGUGGUCCCUUCUCAAGGGGAUUCAGACUCUGAAACAGACAGCAGUCAAGAAGAGAAUGAAGUCUCCGAAAACACCCCUUUGCUUAGACCAUUAGCUUCAGUUAGCACUCAGUCAUUUGGGGCUUUGUCAGAGUCUCAUUCCCAUCAAAACAUGACUGAAUCUUCAGAAUAUGAGGAAGACGACAAUGAGGAUAUUGAUAGUAGUGAUGCAGAGGAUGGAAUGAAUGAAGAGAGUGUAGUGGUUCAACUACAGCCCAAUGAUGAAAGGGAGCACAGAGUGGCAAAUACAGUUUGAGCUUCAAGACUGCUAGUGAUCAAUCUCAUAAGAACAAAACUGUUCAUAAAGCUAUACUUUACAUACACUUAUAUAGGGAAUACAUUCUAUUUGGUGGCCUCUUUGGUUACUUCAAUAGAUGCAGCUCUUCAUGUAGUGAUCUAUGGUUUGAUCAUAUUACAGACAGAUUUUUUUGGUUCAGUUACUCAUUCACAUAUUUAUCUUUUCAAAAUGAACAGUUUAACUGGACUUCAUAAUACUAAUGAAUAAUGCUGGGAGUCUCCAUCGAAGCGAUAUCAGUAAACCAGAGCUCUACUUUAAAUGUCAGUAUCUUGUUGAAAUGGGAUAUAGCCAGAAAGUAGAUGUUUUCCCCGAUUACAGCUUGUAGGCAAGAUUGGCUAUACUGAUAGCAAUAUUUAUUAAACGUAUGGUAAGCGCUACCCCUCCAACCUAAUCAAAAUGUAUAUGAUUUCUGUGUCUCUGGGGUUUUCCCAAAACUGCCACCAUACUGAAAGAAAGAAGGUAGAACAGUUCAGUAUUCUUUUAGCAGGCAGAUCACAAAAGCAGGGAAACUGAUGCUUAAUCAUGACAGCAGUGAUUCUGCUACUUUUCCAAGUAAUCCUGUUGAGCUUGCAAGAGCAGUUUAAGGUUGUGAAGGAAAUUUCAGAAUCAGUUAGGUUUAAAAUAGCUCACACAAAAAGAUUCAUAAUGAACAUCUUAUUAAUUGGCCCCAUUUGCUGAUAGCAGCAAAACUAAUUUCCUAUGACAAUAAUGCAGGGGCUGGGAGUGACCAAAAACAGCAAGGCAAGCAAAGAUGUAUAUAGAAAUACUGAAUUGUAGUAAUUGUUCUAUUGAUCCUCACAUCAUAUACCUCUAAAUAAGGAGCAUUUUAUGCUGCAUUAGUCUGCUAAACUAUGUACAUAGAUAAAUUGUUUUUUCAAGUAUUUGAUUUUAAAAUGAGUGGUUACAAAUAUUUAACAGAACUCUGUACUUACCAGUGUAUCAUGAAAACCUGAAUUAUAUAUAAUGUCAUUAUAACUGUGUAUAAUCAAAAUGCAAAGAUUUUUUAUAUGGCCUUGUAUAAGGGGGAUUUGAAAGAAUGUUAAUAAACAUGUUUCCACUUUA